AUGUCUCAGCUCUCCGAAGUCUACUCAUCGUCUAGCUUCGAAACUCCAGACAGGGUGCCAUUAGACGCGAUCCAAUUCCUCCUCCCUAACGAUUCCCUCUCCCAACGCGAAAGCCAGAGUCACUUCCAGUCCGAGAGCCAGUUUAAUUCAGCCCUUGACCUUCCGAAUAAUCGAGUUCAGAUUCGUGCGGUAUCUCAGGCCCCAGAUACCCUUCCGCGAAUCAGGCCCGACCGUAUUAACGAGUUCAUCAUCUACACACCAGCGAUAUCUGCAGAAUUCGUUCAGUGGUGGCUUCACACUGACUACGGUAAGUCGAAGCGUAUUAACUGGGAUAUAAGCCCUAGAAGCCGUCGUGCAAAGUGCUGGGAAGGGUUUCAGCAAGUUACAAAUGCCAAAGAUAGAAAGCCAGGGGUUAUAUACAAUCACUGCCGUACAGUUCUCGCGUAUCCAGCUACGAACCAUACUAGAACGUCGACGAUACAGAAACAUCUCGAUAGACCAAGUGACGCGGAGCAGAAGAUUCUUAAUCUCAUCACUACAUCGCAAUUACCCUUCCGACUCCUCGAGCAUCAAGAAUUCCACGACCUCCUUUCCUACGCACGGCUAGUACCUACACCACCAAGCGUCCCAUCGAGAAAGGUCAUUCGCGAGCGCCUCCGGAGUUUCGUUAUAGAGUAUCAACAAGACACACUACAACGGCUCCCAUCUAGUGCAAAACUAUCACUUACGCUUGACUACUAG